AUGCGCUUCGUCCGCCGCUCGUACGUGGUGGUCCUGGUCCUCGGAGCAUUUACCUUGACAUUGCUCCUCAACAGGAUCCGCAACGACUUGUCCUUGCAGCAGUCACAUCUCCAUGGCCAAGAUGGACCAUUGUACAACCCGUCUCUCUUUUCCCCCGGCACUCCCAAACCAGCCGGAGAGAACUACACUCGGGUCUUGGUCAUGGCACGUCUCUCGACCGAAGACACGUCCUGGCUUGACAGGGACCUUCCCGAGCUGCCCAAGAAGAUAUACACGGUCGACGCGGCGGAUUCUGGUCUGCCAGCCAACACAGGCAACGAGGCCAUGGCCUACCUGACCUACAUCAUCGACCACUACGACUCCCUGCCGGACAUCGUGUUGUUUUUCCACCCGUCCAAGAAAAGCUGGCACAACAACAUCGUGUUGGACACCGACGCUGCCAUCACGAUCAAACUCCUCUCGGACGCGCACGUCAUGCGCCAGGGCUACUUCAACACGCGCUGCGAAUGGGACCCAGGCUGUCCGGACUGGCUGCACGUCGACCAACCUAGACGGCGGUACGAUCUGGUCCGCAAGCCCGAAGAACCGUCCCUGACUUCUGCUCUAUUCCACGACCUGUUUGGGAGCGACGUGCCCAUCCCGCGCGCCCUCUCCCAGCCGUGCUGCGCCCAAUUCGCCGUCUCGGCGCAGCGCAUCCGCCAACGCCCACUGCACGAGUACGAGCACUACCGCAACUGGCUCCUCAGGACCACCACCACCACCACCACCACCACCACCAAUUCCACCAUCUCAGGCCGCAUCCUAGAGUACUCCUGGCAAUACAUAUUCACGGGGUUAUUCGAAUUCUGCCCGUCCCAGCACAGAUGCUACUGCGACGGGUACGGAGUCUGCUUCGAAGGCGGCGAGCAGGGUCUGCAAAAGUGGCUAGACGCAUUCAGCGAGAAAGAGCGCCUGGACGAGGACCUGCUCGCGCUGUGGUCCGCGGGGGAUAAGGGCGGCAGCGAGAAGUUUAGGAAUCUCAAAAACCGCAGCGGCAGGCUGGGCAGGGACUUGGACCGGGACAGGGAGCGGGCGCUCAGGAGGGGGUUCGAUCCGCGCACCAGGGCGAGGGAGUGUGGGAGGGUGUGGCGCGAGGGUGAUGGCUUUUGA